AUGAAAUUUCCAAUCGAGACUCCAAGAAAACAGGUGAACUGGGAUCCUAAAGUGGCCGUUCCGGCAGCAGCGCCCCCUGUGUGCCAGCCCAAGGGGGCCACUAACGGGCACUACGCCGCCCCACGCCUCUCCAUCUCCUCCCGAGCCACGGUGGUAGCCAGGAUGGAAGGCGCCUCCCAGGGGGGCUUGCAGACCGUCAUGAAGUGGAAAACAGUCGUCGCAAUCUUUGUGGUCGUGGUGGUCUACCUCGUCACCGGCGGUCUGGUCUUUCGAGCAUUGGAGCAGCCCUUCGAGAGCAGCCAGAAGAAUACCAUUGCCUUGGAGAAGGCGGAGUUCCUGCGGGAUCAUAUCUGCGUGAGCCCACAGGAGCUGGAGACGCUGAUCCAGCAUGCCCUUGACGCUGACAACGCAGGAGUAAGUCCGAUAGGAAACUCUUCCAACAACAGCAGUCACUGGGACCUUGGAAGUGCCUUUUUCUUUGCUGGGACUGUCAUCACCACCAUAGGGUAUGGGAAUAUUGCUCCAAGCACCGAAGGAGGCAAAAUCUUUUGUAUUUUAUAUGCCAUCUUUGGAAUUCCGCUCUUUGGUUUCUUAUUGGCGGGAAUUGGAGACCAACUUGGAACCAUCUUUGGGAAGAGCAUUGCAAGAGUGGAGAAGGUCUUUCGAAAAAAGCAAGUGAGCCAGACCAAGAUCCGGGUCAUCUCAACCAUCCUGUUCAUCUUGGCCGGCUGUAUUGUAUUUGUGACGAUUCCCGCUGUCAUUUUCAAAUAUAUCGAGGGGUGGACCACCUUGGAGUCCAUUUACUUUGUGGUGGUCACCCUCACCACGGUGGGCUUUGGUGAUUUUGUGGCAGGGGGAAACGCCGGCAUCAAUUACCGGGAGUGGUAUAAGCCCCUAGUGUGGUUUUGGAUCCUUGUUGGCCUGGCCUACUUUGCAGCUGUCCUCAGUAUGAUCGGAGACUGGCUACGGGUUCUAUCCAAAAAGACGAAAGAAGAGGUCGGUGAAAUCAAGGCCCACGCGGCCGAGUGGAAGGCCAACGUGACGGCCGAGUUCCGAGAGACGCGGCGGCGGCUCAGCGUGGAGAUCCACGACAAGCUGCAGCGGGCGGCCACCAUCCGCAGCAUGGAGCGCCGGCGCCUGGGCCUGGACCAAAGGGCCCACUCGCUGGACAUGCUCUCCCCAGAGAAGCGCUCUGUCUUCGCCGCUCUGGACACGGGCCGCUUCAAGGCCUCAUCCCAGGAGAGCAUCAACAACCGGCCCAACAACCUGCGCCUCAAGGGUUCCGAGCAGCUGAACAAACACGGGCAGGGGGCCUCCGAGGACAACAUCAUCAACAAGUUUGGGUCCACCUCCAAACUCACCAAGAGGAAAAACAAGGACCUCAAAAAGACCUUGCCCGAGGACGUUCACAAAAUCUACAAGACCUUCCGGAAUUACUCCCUGGACGAAGAGAAGAAGGAGGAGGAGACGGAGAAGAUGUGUAACUCGGACCACUCCAGCACCGCCAUGCUGACCGAGUGCGUCCAGCAGCAGGCCGGGAUGGAGAACGGAAUGGUCCCCACGGACACCAAAGACAGGGAACUUGAGAACAAUGCAUUACUUGAAGACAGAAACUAAAUGCUGAGGACCUAGGACUUGACCAAGCGUUUUG